AUGGCCAUGUUACACUGCGAGAAUAUUCUCAUCAACGGAUAUAAAUUCAACCUAGAGAAGCUCAAGGGCCCGCAUUCUGUCGUCACGUCCAAGUACGACUCGACGACGCACACGCAUCACAACACAACCUAUACACUGGAUGUGUGCCAGCCACUGAAGAAGAGUGGCAAGAGCAAAUCCAAGGAAGAGUGCCCCAAUGGUACCAGAGUGUGCGCUAUUUCGCGGUUCAUCCAAGACGACGUCGACAAGGUCGAAUCAGUCACCGCCAUUGCCGGCAGUCUGGAGAAUGUGGGCGGAUCCCAGUUCGAGUACGAAGCGACGAGGCUGAAUGGGAGCGACUCGAACAGCGACUCGAAGAAGGAGGGCCUGCGACUGGUGCUCAAAGGCGGCAAGCACCCUCUAAACGGACCUGUCAAGGAGCGCCGCCAGCAGAAGGCCGUCGUCGAGUUUCUCUGCGACCCGGACAAGGAGGGCACCGAGGGCGAGUGGGAGUCGGAGGACAAGUACUCCAAGCUUCGUCGCCGCGACGACAAGGAGGGCGACGGUGGCAAAGACGAGUCCUACUCGGAGCACCAGCUGAAAUCUGACAAUGCUGCGCUGCUGUGGGAGAGUUACGGACCAGAACAGGAUGCCGAUGUCCUGCGACUUGGCUGGCACACCAAGUACGCGUGCGAGAAGCGAGAUGGAAACGACGACGGCAACAACAAGGGUGACGGCGGGGGCAGCAGUACUUCGUGGGGCUUCUUCACCUGGCUUGUCAUAAUCGCUUUCUUGGGCAUCGCUGCGUAUCUCAUCUUUGGCUCCUGGCUCAACUACAACCGCUAUGGUGCUCGGGGUUGGGAUCUACUCCCGCAUGGUGACACCAUCCGUGACAUCCCGUAUCUGCUGAAGGACUGGACGAGACGCGUGCUGAACACGGUCCAGGGCACGGGGAGCCGCGGAGGGUACAGCGCCGUCUAG